GGCUUAUAAUCUCUUUGAACAUGGCUGCCUGCGGGAACGUGCUUGUCAAAUUUUUUCUCUCUGCCUGAUGAUAGAUUAUAACUUCCCGAAGUUAUUUCAAAAUUAGAAAAAGAUACAAGUACAGCAAUUACACUCACUAUCGGUAAAACAGGUUUUACAGUAAAAGCUACUCAAGUUAAUUUUUAAAGAUCAUUAGAUAUCUCGCAGACAGCCAUGUCCAGUGUUAGGAUUGUGUGUGGUCUACAUAGAUUGGUUUUGCGCAGUGCACCACUUUUACAGACUGCUAGUCAUGUACAGAAUGAUCACUGUCAAAGUUUUUCUACCACUGGAGCUUGUAUGUCACCCACACAAAAACCCCUUGACCCUGGUGUUUUUUACCAAGCUGUAAAAGACAGUGGAGUUAAUUUCUUUUGUGGUGUUCCAGAUUCAUUGCUAAAAGAUUUUUGUGCUUAUGUAACGACUACAUCAUCAGAUAAGGAUCACGUGAUCACUGCCAAUGAAGGUGCAGCUGUAGCUUUGGCAAGUGGCUACCAUCUUGCUACUGGGCGUACUGCCAUGGUGUAUUUACAGAACUCAGGUCUAGGGAACAUGGUCAACCCUCUCAUGUCUUUAGCCAAUCCAGCUGUAUACAGUAUUCCCAUUUUACUUCUCGUUGGUUGGCGUGGAGAACCAGGGGUCAAGGAUGAACCACAACAUGUAGCCCAGGGUCAGAUAACCAAACCAAUGUUAGAUUGCAUGAAUAUCCCAUGCGAAAUUCUCCCAAAGGAUGAAGCCAGUAUGAGAGCAGUAUUAAAGAAAGCUGAAGAGUAUUUUGAAGAUAAGAAGUCUCCUUUUGCUCUCUUGGUCAAGAGUAAAACAUUUUCUCCUUAUAAGUUGAAAGCACAAGAUCGAGAUAAUCAGUUUCCUUUGACAAGAGAAGAGGCAUUGUUCAAAGUAGUUGAGUGCUUACAAGAAAAUGAUGCUGUUGUUGGGACCACAGGGAUGUUAUCAAGAGAGUUGUUUGAGUAUAGGGUGACCAUGAAGAUGGGUCAUGCAAGAGAUUUUUUGACUGUAGGGUCUAUGGGUCAUGCUUCAGCCAUCGCCCUUGGUAUUGCCCUUCAAAAACCUCAACGGCAGGUGUUUUGUUUGGAUGGUGAUGGUGCUCUUCUCAUGCAUAUGGGAUCAUUAGCCACUGUAGGCCAGCAGGGCCCAGCUAACCUGAAGCAUAUUGUAUUCAAUAAUGGGGCCCAUGAUUCAGUUGGUGGUCAACCUACUGAAGCUGGUAAUCAUGAAGAUUUUGAUCUCUGUGCCAUUGCUAAAGGGUGUGGGUAUAAGGAGGCUCUUGUAGCAAUAACAGAAAAGGAAAUUGAGGAAAAAGUAAGAUAUCUUCAUAAGGCUCGUGGUCCCAUUUUACUUGAGCUGAAAGUAAAACUUGGAUCUAGAUCUGACCUUGGCCGACCAACAAGGACCACCAUUGAAAACAAGGAUGACUUCAUGGGAUUUUUACGAGACUAAAUUUCUUAGUAGUAACAAUUAAUCGCAAGACAGUAAAGUGUGCUUGUUUAAAUGUCAUGUUCACAUGAUGUUUCACCCAUUUUUAUUUCUCUGGUGUACACGUGGGAAUUUUUAUCAUUUUCUUUUAAUGGUUACAUUCGUUAUCUUUACAUGAUCUGAUGUGUUUGGAAAAUUUGCAAUCAUAAUUAUUCGAUCUUUUUAGGUUCAUUGUAUUCAUAAAACAUUUAUAAUCAUUUCAUUUAUACGAUUGUUGUGGAUUUAAUUAGAAAGCUGUUGAUUAUUAAGUUUUACAUUUACAAUUUUAAGUAUCAGAUACUUUGGCUGUGUGAGUUUUAAAAAAAUGUAUUUAUUUCUUAAAACAUCAGUCUUUAAGGUAAUAUUUAUUUAUCUGUGUUGUCUAGUCAUGGGCUACAACAGUACUUAGAGUAGUUGAACAAUAUUUUAUUGAUACCAUCUUUCAUAUUCUUACUACUUUUACAGCAUAAUAUUUCAUUAAUUGAAUGAAUCAACUUUUUACUUAGUAUUUUACCCAUUUUACCAUUUAAUUGAAAGUGAUUCACAUUAAAAUUGCAUAUGGUGCUUCAAGAGAGCAUUUGAAUUUUUGUAUCAAAUUGAUACUGCAUUUCUUCAGAGAAAGUUUGUGAUGCUUUAAGUUUUAUUUUACAUUCAUUUACUAGUUUGUCUAGAAUUUGUUUGAUGCUAGAUUUGUAUUAUACAAGUUUGAUUGUAAAAUGGAAAUCCAUGUCAAAGAAUGUUUUCUGGUGUGUAUUAACAUGAAUGUUAAUUUAUUGGUUACACUAGAUGUGUAUUUGAAUUUAACCAAAUCAAUCUAGGCUUUGAGAAAAAUUGUCAAUUAUUCUCAUUUAUAAAGUCAUGUUCUGCUACUAAGCAAUAGUAUUGUUCUUUUUUUACUCAUCUAUCCUUAAAUUAGUUUACAUAUUUGUUUCUAUAAUUGAGCCAUGACAAUUUUAUUAAGUGUUUAGAUACAUAAUUCUACUCAUUGAAGUAAUUGAAUACCUGAGAAUUUUUUAAGUAAAGCAACAAGAAAAAAAAAUUAAGAACAUUCAAAUACUUGGUGAUAAAUACUAAAUAAAUAGAAUCUAUUAUCAGAUUAUAGCCUAGUUGUGCCAAAAAAAAUGUAAAUCAAGAACAAUAAUUUUUAAAAGUCAAGUGCCUUUAGUAAUUAUUAGGAUUUUAGUAAACUGUGAUUCUAUGCAAUGUACAUACGAUUGCUUAAGUAUUAUUUUGUCAGAUUGUCUUUUUGUGUUGAAACUAAAAACUAGGAAGUUUCUAUUAUAAUUUUAACUGUCAACUGGUACAUGAUUAAUUUGGUGGUAUAUAUUUUUAAUCAACUAAAAUUAUAUCAAAAUGUUUUUGUUUACUUUUAAACAUACUUUAAAACACCAGCAUUGAAUUGUCAAUCUGUUUUAUUAUAAAAAAGUGAGGCAUGUUUUUUAAGGAAUAUAUACAAUGAAGAGCAUUUUAUGAACACUAGCCACAGAAAGUGUACAAUUACAAUCAUUAAUCAAGUUACAUUCCAGUUUUUAACUUUUUUUUUUUACCCUUAGUUUUUAGAACUUUUACUUGUAUUUUAAAAAAUAAUUUGAUCUUAAUUUACUGAAUCAGUGUAGUGCAUUAAUUUAUACUGUUUUGCUCAUACUGUAUUGCUGAUUGUCAUACAAUGAAAUAAUUAUGGUUAAUUAUACACUAAGAUUUAAGAGAACAAUAUUUCAUUUAAUGCUUUAAAAUACAAUGUAUUGAGGUUUAAUGUAUUGGUUUAUUAACCUUUUAAAAUUAUGUACUUAACAUUAAAAUCAGUCACUGAAC